UCAUGGCUGUCCUAAUGUUAUGCUGGUUAUUACUGACGCUGGUCGGUGUGUCCGCCUCCCCUACUAAGCAAGAGAUAGAAAGUUCUAUACGAGUCAUGAGAGAUCUUGUGGAAAAUGCCCAGGUAAAGAAGGACAAGAAAUACGUGCCUCUACUUGAAUGGGCCGAAGACAAGGGGGUCUGGCCAAGUUAUGUGAAGCAGUACUUCCAUGGUGUCCCUGACCUGGCACUGUUCAGACAGCUGUUUGGUGUGUUCGACAACAACAUGUUUGCCACAGCGUAUGUGAUGGAGAUUCUUGCAGAGUUUAGUAAAUAUGGGGACAUGACGGAUUACAAUCUGGCGGGGCUCAACGCCGGUCUUGUCGCCAUAAAGGAUCAUCGUGACAAAAACCUUGCUUUCAAUAACUCGUUGAUGACGUUCUGGCCACAAGUCUAUAAUGAAACCUUAAAGACGUGGGACAGCAGUCCUCGAAACUUAGUGGAUCUUAUAGAAGCGACAAAAUAUCUGCCUUUGAACUGGACGUAUGCUGAGCUGGAGAAACUUGGUCUGAAGGACAUAGAAUACAUUAUGGUACGGCUCAUGAGAUCUAGAGACGGGUACAUGUCGGUGUUUCACGUGCCACCAGAUUUUGAUGACACGUUUCUCAAUAUUGGUCUGGGUUCAAUGCUGAAGGAAAUGUCUCACACCUUCCCAGAGGCCUCUGACUUGUGGAUGUCCCAGAACCCAAACCUGACAUCUGUAUUUGAUGCUCUAAAGCGUUAUGCCUACAGGCCAUUAUCCGGAGAUCAGCGAGUCAACACGAUCGAUUCCCGAUCGUACGUCUACCUGCGGAAGUGGCUGGCCCGGGAGAAGCUGGCUGGCAACGACGUCGCCCUUGUAACCACGUGGAUCCAGGACACGGACGAAGUUCGGACCUGGUUUGCAAAGGGGGUGAUGAUGCCGUUCAAUGUGAACAACGUGGACGUCACGGUAUCUGCUAACUUCAUGUACGCUGUAACAGCUGGCAUCAUCAGUGGCGUUCUCGAACCCUCCUUGUUGGAUGACACAGAUAUUCUGCAUAUCUAUAACGACACAACACGAAUGCUCGCUUUCCAAAUCCAGACCAAUUUCUCCGAUCGUGUUGAUCUGGCGUUGACAUACUAUCCACCAGUCAUUGAGUUCUACUGGUUUGUGGCCAGGACAUACAACAAACUCCAGGAAACCCUGGACAGGACGGGAUCGCUGCCUCACAAGGGAAUGGACCAGGUUCUGAAGGACUUUAAACAGGUGCUGCGGACCUACGCUUCGCCUUGGAUCCUGGACCAGCGGAAGUCUGAAUCCCAGUCAGGUUUGGACACCGUCUACUACGAUGACUUCAUCGGUGACGGCGACAUUACAUACGAACACAAGUCUGUGAACAAUGCGGAAGACCGUAUUUUCACCAGCUCCAUGGCUCUAAAUGCACUUCUAACUAUUUGGGCAACUGAAGAUCAGCACACGGGGCAGAUUAUCUGGGAUAAAGAUACACCAUCAUUAGUUCAAGACACUGUGCAGAAGAUUGUAACCUGGCUAUACUUAAAUAGCUAUGGGGGCAGCUACAAACCAUGGAACGCCUUCUUCUCUGGUUCAAACAAAGGCGCAACGACAUCGCCAGCAAUGUACCCAGUGAACCGGAUAGAGAUGUUCAAUGGGACAAAGAUCCCUAUCAAUGACAAAUGUAAAAUAAAAAGGGGGCCCGAACCAUAUAUUUUUGGAGUUGAGGGCACUAUACCGGAAGAGACGUAUGACAACAUGACCAGUGAAUGCCGUUCUCCUGUGGUGUUCCAUGGAUACAACGACCAGGAUCGCUACUUUCCCUUCUGGACCUCUGAUGCCUACACCUACGUCACUGUCAUCACUGGAAUGGCCAAAUACGUCCGUACCCUACCCGAAUAACAGUCCUCUCAGAAAAAUAAUAAAAAUAAAAACAACCAACAAGGCCUUUAAAGGGAAGUUUGAGAAAUUGCUUAGAAAUAUGAAUUAGCGGGCAAACGAAAAUCAAACGAAAAAGAUCAUUCGAUGGUAAUGUAUUUGAUACGCUACCGCUACAGCCAUAGUGCAUAUAUUAUGUGUGUAUUUCUAGUUACCUAUUGAUACGGGUUACACGUUGAAAAGGCCAUAUUGCAUAUAUUAUGUGUGUAUUUAAGUAUAUCUACUUUCUUUAUAAACUGUUUAUUCAUCCCUUGGCAUAUACAUGUACAAACAUUGUAUAUAAAUAUAGUACACAUGAAUAUAGUUGUAAUAGUAAUGCAUAUUCAAAAAACAGUAGUACUAAUGUGUGUCAAGUAUGUGCACUAGAGCAUCCACUAUCUGUGGAAACAGAAAACAGGUCUGACAUUUGCAUGUACAGAGGGCAAUAUGGUACAUAUUAAAACAGCCAUAGUGAAUACAUAUUGUGUGUAUUUCAGGAUGUCUACUUACCUAUUGAUACGGGUUAUAUUGUUCUGUUUUUGGACAUCAAAUUUGUAGUUAAUUCCUUUUUGUUUUAAGCCAAAUAAAGAGCUGGUAACAUG